AUUUUGGUUCGUCAAGUAUGGAAUAUUUGAGGACACUUGGGUCAGCAGCUGCCACCUCUCUGCUGCAGAAGUCCGGGAUAACUCUCCCAUUUUCUCUUGGGGAAAAAGUCUCGUAUUAUGAAGGGCGUUCGAUCUGGACUCUGUACGACGCUAUAUCUCGAGAAGGCUCUUCGCCCAUAUCUGUGUUUUACUUCGAUGGUAAUUCGCCGAGCCGGAAGUCCUUUUACCCUCUAGCUCGCAAUGCGCUGCGCAAACUGCGCACCAUCCGACAUCCUGAUGUACUCAAGUUUAUUGGCGUCGUAGAGAACGACACGACGAUAUAUAUUAUGACCGAAAGAGUGAGACCACUUGGAGUUUCUUUGUCUGCCUUGGGGGAUAAGUCCCCUACGUCAAAAGAGGAAUGGCUGAUCUGGGGUUUGCAUCGAAUAACUAUUGCCCUAGCAUUUAUAAAUGACUCUUGCCAAUCCACUCAUGGAAACCUUCGUACCGACUCUAUAUUCGUCUCACCAUCUGGAGAGUGGAGGCUCGGUGGAUUCGAGCUCCUUUCGAAUCCAUCGGACGAAGCUGCAGUUUUAUAUCAAUAUGGGUCACUGUUGCCAGAUUUGGCGCCGUUCACAGCUCCAGAGGUGAAACAAGGGGGUUGGUCUUCUACGAAGGAUUCUCCUGUUUCAGCCACCGACAGUUACGAACUUGGAUUGUUUAUCCAUACCAUCUUCAAUCCUACACUUCCCUUACCUCCAACCUCGAUUCCUCCCCACCCCGCCCCAACAACUGCGUCGCGUGGAUUAAUCCCUUCCAGCCUAUUCCCAUCAUUCAAACGCCUACUCUCAUUCCUCGACAUUGGAACAGGUACACAGAUGGCGGAGGGAUCAGGCUUUUUCUCUGAGAACAAACUAGUGAAAAUAUGUGCAGGCUUGGAUGGUUUCGCUCUAAGUAGCGAAGGGGAUAAAGCCAAUCUCAUACGAUCCUUGAAGGAGUCUGCUGAUUCGUUUCCUGUUGAGUUUGCCUCACACAAGGUGCUUCCAUCAUUAGUCACAGUACUGGACCACGGGGGAGCCUCCGCGAAUAUCCUCCUCCCUUUAGUCCUUCAACUCGGGAAGCUAGUUGCUCCAGAAGAAUAUUCCUCCAUAGUUCUCGGCCCGGUUGUGAAGCUAUUUGCAACUCCUGACCGAGGUACCAGGGUAGCACUACUAGAACAUCUUUCUGAGUUCGUCGACAAGUUGAACCAAAAAACGGUUGUGGAAAAGAUAUGGCCUCACCUGCAAACUGGUUUUUCGGAUACCGUUGCUGUAAUUCGGGAGGUAACCGUUCGCUCCAUCGGCUCGCUGGCCCCCCAUCUAUCAGACCGCAUACUGAAUAACGAAUUGCUCCGUCACCUCGCCAAAUUACAGCUAGACACUGAGGCUUCCAUACGUACCAACACUUGCAUCCUGAUAGGUCGUCUUGCUCCUAAGUUAGCAGUUAACACCCAGAAGAAAGUCCUUGUACCUGCAUUCACCCGCGCAAUAAAGGACAAUUUCGUGCAUGCCCGAGUAGCAGGCGUAAUGGCCUUAAUGGCGACCAUGCAGUGUUACGAUAUGGAUGACUUGGCUGGUAAAGUCAUUCCGGCGGUGUCCUUCGCGCUUGUGGACAAGGAAAAACUUGUCCGUGAUCAAGCGUUCAAAGCCAUGGAAUUGUUUCUGAAGAAGCUCGAAGCGCAUGCUCAGACUAUGCCCGAAUCUGCAAUAUCCCCAGACGUGCCCCAAAAUUCAAACACAACUUAUUCGGGUCCGCCGACCGGUCAAGCUGCACUUGUCAACUCGGCUGCCGGCGCAGCCACUGCUCUUGCUGGAUGGGCCAUGUCCUCCUUGAACAUAACACUAACGGGAAUAGAGGCGCAAUCAGCAAUUGCUGGGGCUCGUCGACCAUCGGCAAGUCCUCUGCAAAAUGGCCAAUCUGGGUCCGCUACUUCUGUUUUAUCUGCUCCGUCUGGUAUCACCAGCACCAAUUCACCGGGGCCCACUGCUCCAUCCAGUAUCAAAGCCAAAGCCCUCCAGCUUGGAGCUAGUAAGCAUGUCACAGGCACCUCUUCGACAUCAGGCGUGCCUCUGGAGCUGGAGAGAGAGCUUGCGAGAGGGAAGAAAGAUGCCUGGAACGACGAUCUCAUGGAUGUCCAUGCAGAUGCCGAUGAUUGGACCGAGUUCGAGAGCGCGCCUGCCCCCGUUGACACAGGAGAUGCAUGGGGCGAUAUGCUCGAGUCUGAGGUGCCAACUCCAACUGACGUGGCACGCCUGAGCCUGUCUCCGAAAGCGACACCUGAUCUCUCCACUAGUCCGACCCCUAAAACAAACCUGUUACCUCCUGCAGCAGCACCAACUGUAAACCAAGCUUCCAAACUGGCACCGUCACCUUUGGUCCCCAUCGCCACAGACUGGGCGAAUGACCCUCCUGAGCCUGUUCCUACCACACCUCCGGCGGUGACAAGUAUGGCUGGCAUGAGCAAGGAAGAGAAGACAGCGGAAAUGGCUAGAAGACGAGAGGAGCGCAAGCAGCGAAUCGCAGCCUUGAAGGAACAAAAAAAGAGAGUAGGUUGAGGAUUCCGAGUAUUUUGUUUCUUCCUUCCACGGUUUCUUGAGGUUACCGAGCCAUUACAUUUCAGCUCUACAUGUGAUAAGUUAUAAAGUGAUGGCAUGUUAAGGAAUCUACAAUUGGUAUACUAUCUGACUGAAGUCCUUUCAUAAAAAUGGUGGCACAAUUUCCCCGCAGUUGCGUUCAUUUUGACGACGAUGGCCUGGGUUCCUCAUUAGCGCCCUCAAUCAUGACUCGGACCAAUCGAGUAGGUGGCUGAUCCUCUAGUGUGGGUUCAUUUGCAUCCUUAAAAGCUAAAGCAGUCGCUGUAGCCUCGUGCACCUGAGCUACAGUAUAGCUUCGCAACGCGAAACUUUACCAAAGGAGCUUAUGACGGAGAACAUAUGUGGCCAAUUGGCUAGCACAUUUCCGAUUG